AUGAAUUCGUCUUUUCCAGAGCAAUUUGCGAGUGUUUUUGACUUUGAUACCCUUAACAACAUACAGAAUUUUGUCUGUCAGGAGAUUUUUACGACUAAUAAAUCACUGGUUGUUUCCGCUCCAACCGGUUCGGGAAAAACUGUAAUUUUUGAGCUGGCAAUUGUCAAACAGUUGAAUGAUUACGAAAUAUCGUCUCAAAAAGACCCUUUCAUCAUAAUUUACAUCGCUCCAACGAAAGCUAUUUGUUCCCAAACCUUCAGUGAAUGGAAUAGAAAAUUUUCCAGGUUUUGCCUGAGCUGUUUAACGUUGACCGGGGAUUCGGAGUUUGUGGACAUUCAGAACCUUGGUAGCCAGGUUUUACUCAUAACAACACCGGAAAAACUAAAUUCGACAGUUAAAACUUUCAGAGACUUAGUUAAUAUAUGGAACAAGCUGAAGCUAUGUUUUAUUGACGAAGUACAUUUAAUCGGAGAACAUGACAGGGGAUCAAUACUGGAAGUGCUUAUUACGAGAACCAAAAUGUUAGCCAGACCUCGGUUUAUAUGUGCUUCCGCUUCUUUAUCAAAUGUGCAAGAUAUUGCUCAAUGGUUAUCAGUCACAGAAGAGUCUGUUUCUUUCUUUUCAUUCGGAGAAGAGUUCAGAAUGUCACCACUCAAAAAAGUGGUACAUGGAUAUGUAAAACAGAAAAAUCAGUCUAUUUAUCAAUUUGAAGUAAAUUUAAACUACAGACUUCCUCACCUUAUAAGUACAUAUUCUAACAACAAGCCAGUGCUGAUU